CUUCGGUGGUGCGGGGCGGCACGGGGCUGCCACCCGUGGAUCGCCUGCUUCAGUUCCUGGUGGACAGCUCGGCGGAGGGCUCGGAGGACGCGCAGUGCGCCAACUGCGACCGGCGAUGCGCCGAGGCGGACUUGGACACCAUGUGCUUCUGCAACACCUGCAGCCAGCCGCUGUGCGCCCCGUGCCGCGAGGAGACGCACCGCGCCAAAGUCUUCGCCCGCCAUGAGAUCGUGUCGCUCAGCAAACGCACCAAAGCCAUCCACAAGAAGUGCCCACUGCACGAGGAGCCCUACAUCAUGUUCUCCACCGAGAAGAAGUCCAUGCUCUGCAUCAACUGCUUCAGGGACAUGCAGGGGGAGAGCCGCGCGCACUGCAUUGACAUCGAGACGGCGUACGUGCAGGGCUGCGAGAAGCUGGACCAGGCGGUGCUGGCAGUGAAGGAGCUGCAGACAUCCACACGGGAGGCCAUCGUCCUCCUCAAAGCCAUGAUCGAGGAGGUGCGCAACAGUGCCAGCGAGGAGGAGUCAGCCAUCAACGCCCUGUUCAGCGGCAUGCAGGAGCAGCUCUCUGACAGGAAGAAAGCGCUCCUGAAAGCUGUGCAGAGCCAGCACGAGGAGAAGGAGAAGGCGUUCAAGGAGCAGCUGGCCCACCUCGCCUCCCUGCUGCCCACCCUGCAGGUCCACCUGGUGAUCUGCUCAGCCUUCCUGAGCUCCGCCAACAAAGCUGAGUUCCUCGACCUGGGCUAUCAACUGAUGGAGCGGCUGCAGAGGAUCGUCAAGCUGCCGCACCGCCUGCGGCCAGCCCAGACCAGCAAGAUCAACACCGAGUACCGUGCAGAGUUUGCGCGCUGCCUGGAGCCCCUGCUGGUGCUCACCCCUCGCCGCUCCGUGGUGGGCAGCGCUGGGGGCAUCGGGUCUGGCAUCACCGGAGCAAACAUGAUCCCCGGCGGCCAAUGCUCCAAGACACUGAUGGUGCCCGGCUGCCCCCCCGCUGGCGAUAAGAUGUCCAGCAGCUCCAUGGUGCGGAAGCCGACGCUGCACCGAUACAUCAGCACCAAAGUGCUGCUGGCCGAGGGCCGUGAGACGCCGUUCGCUGAACACUGCCGCAACUAUGAGAACACCUACAGGAUGCUGCAGACAGAGAUCCAGGGCCUGAAGGACCAGGUGCAGGAGCUGCACCGUGACCUCACCAAGCACCACUCCCUCAUCCGCACGGAGAUCAUGAGCGAGAUCCUGCAGAAGUCGCUGCAGAUGGACGUGCAGAUUGCAGCCCACUACUCCUCGGUGGAAAUGAUGCGCAGCGUGUUUGAGGAGGUCUGGGAGGAGACGUACCAGAGGGUGGCCAACGAGCAGGAGAUCUAUGAAGCCCAGCUCCACGACCUGCUGCAGCUGCGGCAGGAGAACAGCUGCCUGACCACCAUCACCAAGCAGAUCGCGCCCUACGUCCGCUCCAUCGCCAAGGUGAAGGAGCGGCUGGAGCCCAGGUUGCAGGAGCCCCGGGAGCCCAAGGAUGAGCACACACAGAUGCUGCUCAGGAUUGAUGACAGCAGCGAGGCAGCGCAAAGGGACAGCUCACCCGGCGGCACAGACAGCAGGGAGCAGCCGCUGGGCAGCCAAAGGGGCUGCACACCUGCUCUUAUCCCCGGGGACCCACCCCCAAAGAAGAAGGAGCACCGUGGGAGUGCACAGAGGAGUGGGACCCUGAGUGCAGACCGGGAGGAACCCACAGGCUCGAGCUGAGCACCCGGAGCUGUGCUGCUCAGCAUCGGCUGUGACCAACUGCAGUUUGCUCAGCCAGGGGCAAGUGUGGUAAUGGUCAGGCUGUGUGAGAGCUGCCCUGUGGAGGCACAGACUUGUAUCCAACAUACCUGGAUGCUACUUACUUUUCUCUUUCUGUUAGCGGUGGUUGUGGUUUUCCUUGUAGUAUGUUCAAACACGUGGCUUGUGCCAUGAGCGAGGAUGGAAAAACAGACUGAAUGUGGCUGAGUUUGUAGUGUAUCACACAGCAAACAUCUGGCUUAAGAUGGAAAAGAAAAUUCCUUUAUAUUCCCCAUCUUGUGUGUCAAAAGUGAAAAUAAAAGCGCAUAAAUGGA